GAAGUGAAGCUUGAUUUUGAAGAAAGUAAACGUUAUUUUUCGAUUUAUUCCACACACAGUACAUUUAUUUUUUGUUAAACUAGACUACUUCAAAAAUGUCAAAAGCUCACCCUCCAGAAUUAAAAAAAUAUAUGGAUAAAAAAAUGUCACUUAAGUUGAAUGGUGGCCGGCAAGUUACAGGAAUUUUGCGAGGAUUUGAUCCUUUCAUGAAUUUAGUAAUUGAUGAAUCGAUCGAAGAGUGCAAAGAUGGAUCUAAGAAUAAUAUUGGAAUGGUGGUAGUUCGAGGUAACAGUAUUGUUAUGUUAGAAGCACUGGAUCGAAUAUAAUAGGAUCAAUAAUUUAAUUUAAGUUAUACUUAUAUAUUUUUUUUUUCAAUAAAUCUUGAAUGUGAUUUUGAGU